UUCCUAACCAACCCCCUCUCUGCAGAGCUGAGCUGGGUGAACACCAGUUCUCUGCAGCCCGGGCUCCACUCACAGCUCAGCUCAGCCUCCUCUUUGGGCUGGGAGGGAGGGGGAGACCCAGGGGCCAGACACACCCCUUGCCUAGGGCCCCCAGAGCCCAGCCGGACCCACUGCUGGACAGACAGACACAGUCAGCCUUAGUGUCAACGUACCCCCCUCCCAGGGGCUCGGUCCAGCUUUGCCGGCCCCACAGCUGGACAGAGGGACAGAGGAACAGACGGACAGCCAGGUGCCAACUCUGCCCCAUCCCCUGGGCUCAGCACUGCCUGCUCCCCUCCCUUCCCCUCACCCCACUUGUGGCUCCCCUGGGACGCUCUCCAGGGACAGUGCCAAGGGGGCACCAACAGUUUCUCAAGGAACCUGAGCCCUGGCCCGUGGUGGCAGAGCCAGGGCAGUAAUAGGAGCAGGCUGGCCCAGGAACCAAGCUCCUGAAAGGGAGGCAGCAGGAGGGACCAGGCCUCACGCAACCCUUCAAGCCCACUCUAAGGCUCCUGGGAGACCCUGACCUCAGCCAGCUCCAGGGCCCCACUGGUCCCCUUCCUUGAGGAUGGGCAUCAAGACUUCCCUGCCCCCUCCUGAGCUGGCCAUCUAUGCCCUGGUUCUUGUGGGUGCCCUGGGCUACGCUGGCAAUGGGCUCUUUGAGGCAUCUCGAGAUAACAUGAACAGGAAGGCGUUCAGAGAGUCGGUGAAGCCGGGUUGGCAUUACAUUGGACGAAAGAUGGAUGUAGCCGAUUUCGAGUGGGUGAUGUGGUUCACCUCCUUCCGUAACAUCAUCAUCUUUGCCCUCUCGGGUCAUGUGCUCUUUGCCAAGAUCUGCACCAUGAUUGCUCCACAGUUCCGCUCAUGGAUGUAUGCAGUGUAUGGAUCUCUAGCUGUGCUGGGGACCAUGGGCCCCUCCUACAUGAUGCUCCUGUUAGCCCAUUGCAUAGGUCUCUACACGGUUUCCCUGCUCAAGCAGCAGUGGCUCUGCUUUAUCCUGGGUCUCGCCAGUCUGGCCUCUUUCAAGCUGGAGCCAGUCAAUUCAUGGCAGAGCGGGUUUGUAACGGGCACUUUUGAUCUUCAAGAUGUGCUGUUUUACGGGGGCAGCGGCUUCACGAUUUUCCGAUGCAUGAGCUUUGCCCUGGAGAACUGUGCUCGAUCAGAAGGCAAUUACUCCUUCCUGGACCUGCUCAAAUACAACUUCUAUCUCCCCUUCUUCUUCUUUGGACCCAUCAUGACCUUUGACAAGUUCCAUGCUCAGGUGAGCCAGCUGGAACCUGUUCGAAGGGACUGGGAAAUGUGGCAGAUCCGUACCCAGGCAGGACUCAGCCUGGUCUCCAUUGUGGCUGUGGACGUGUUCUUUCAUUUCUUCUACAUCCUUACCAUUCCUAAUGACCUCAAGUUCACCAAUCGGCUCUCAGAUUGGGCCUUAGCGGGCCUGGCCUACUCCAACCUGGUGUAUGACUGGGUGAAGGCAGCCGUGAUGUUUGGCGUGGUGAACACUGUGGCCCGGCUGGAUCAUCUGGACCCACCCCAGACCCCUAAAUGUAUCACAGCCCUCUAUGUCUUUGCGGAAACGCACUUUGACCGUGGGAUCAAUGACUGGCUGUGCAAGUAUGUCUAUGAUGCUGUUGGUGGGGAGCACCAAUCUGUGGGGCCAGAGCUGGGGGCCUCCCUGGCCACCUUUGCCAUCACCACCUUGUGGCUAGGGCCAUGUGAUAUUGUCUACCUGUGGUCUUCCCUGAACUGUUUUGGUCUUAACUUUGAGCUCUGGGUACAGAAGCUUGCUGAGUGGGGACCAUUGGCCAGAGCAGAGGCCUCAGUGUCGGAGCAGAUGUCCCGGAGAGCUCGAGCUCUCUUUGGGGCUGCAAACUUCUGGCUCAUCAUCGUGUACAACCUCAUGUCUCUAAACAGCCUGGAGUUCAUGGAGUUAGUGAUCAAACGCCUGCUGCUCACAGGAUUCCCUCAAAGCACCUUGGUCAUCCUGUUUGUCACCUACUGUGGCGUGCAACUCAUUAAAGAAAGGGAGAGACUCCAAGCCCUAGAGGAAGAGAAGGAAGCCGCCAAAGAGAAGGCUGCAUAGGGAGAAAUGGGAGGAAGAAGACAAACACAAGGAGGAGGAGGCAGAAGAGAGGAAUCCAUACCAUCAUCAUCCCUAGCCUUCCCCAGAGACCCUCCAAGCAGCCUGAGCAGCCCCCUUGCUCCUUGCCCUCCGUCCCCCGACUCCCUGAUUUUCAGGCCACAAAGGAGGAAAAGCUUUCAAGACAGAAUAAAAAUUUUUGCUACAACAACUCGAUGGGUCUUCCUUCUCUUCCAAAGGCACCUUGGUAUAAGAAUCACAGAACCUUGGUAUAAGAAGGGCUCUCAAAGGUCAAAGCUCAACUCCUACCUGAACAGGAGAGCCCUCUACAUACAAUGUCCCCCAGGCUCAGUCAGCAUGUCUUCCCUGGGACAUGUCCGUGAGGGGGAGUCAUGGCUUUCUGAGACAGCCUCUCCCUCUUUGGGAUUGCUCCACUUGUCAAGAAACUUUUCCUUGCAUCAAGUUUAAAUAUGCUUCUUUCCCAUUCCAAUCAGAGCAAAUCUACACCCCUCUCACGGCAGAAGUUCUGUAUAUUUAAUCUGUCACCAAGUGUUAAGGGGAGCCCCUCAGGAAUCGGGGAAUGACAAAUACCGUGUGCCGGCAGCUGACAGCUGGUGCAUCUGGCCCUAAUGGUAACCAGAUCCCAUUUGGUCAGUGGCAGUCUAUGAUCAAUGCUAUAUCGAUGUAUAUCUGCCAUCCCUAGUUCCAUGUCUUCACUGUUCUCAGACCUACCGUACAAGAACCACAACUUUUGUACAAUUCAAUUCAGCAAACAUUUAUUAAACCUCCACUGUGUGCCAAACGUGGUGGGGCUAGGCACUGCGAAUACAAAGACAAAUGAGAAUGACCUUGGAUUAAAUGGCCUCUGAAAUGCCCAUAGUAAGGGCUUAAUAAAUGCUUGUUGACUGACUAAAAUUCUGCAAUUCUGUAGUCUGCUGACCUUGUUGCUGUACAUAUCUUACAUGGCAGGACAUUUCUGAAGAGACACAUCCAGGAUUUAGACCUAGGUCCACUACAUCUCUAUUUAAAAAAACAACAACAUUCUAAAUGUUUUUUCA